AUGGAUCACUCACCUCUCGCCAUCGUCAUUGAAUGCAAAGUCCCCAAGGAGAAGAUCCCGGAAGCGGUAGCGGUGUGUCUGCGGCUGAAUGCGCGGCACACCAUCCUGAACGUCGAUCAAACCCUCCUCCAUCGCCUGGAUGCUCGUAUCUGCGCCAUGCGUCCACCGGAAGCCGGCGGCCGCGGCUCUCCGCGGCCGCGGCGACCUGAUGCGCGACCACACUUUGUCGCACUCACGAUUCACCCACUCCCGGACCCAUCACGCACUACCAGUACACCUGUUGUAUUAGCAAUUCGUGAACGUAAAAAUGAAAUCUCUUUGUUUCUUAUUCUCUUCGUCACCCUUUCUUGGGCCUCUGAUAUUGAGGAUUGUGCUAAGGAAACAAAACUCUCCGACGAGGAGCUUGCUCGCUUUCAAAAGGAUGACCUAACAAGCGAAGAUCCCACUGCUCAUUGUUUUGUGAAAUGCUUGCUGGCAAAGAAGAAUUUCUUCGAUGAUGCUGGUCUUCCUAAAAAGGAGGUGAUUGCGCCCUAUCUGAGAGGGUUAAAUCCCGAUAAGGAUGUAAAAGAAAUUAUGGCAGAUUGUCUUAAGCUUAUUGCUGAAGACGGAUUAGGUUCCUGCCUUACUACCUACAUGCGCUACAGGUGUUCCAUCCAGAAAGGCAUCGUUGUUCUAUCUUGA